AUAGCUUGUUCAAUAUCUUUCUCUAUCUCUUCAUCUUCAUUUUCCAAUUUAGAGUAAGGCUCUUUUUUCAAACUAUCCUUUUCGUGUGACAAAUCCUCUUCAUCUUCAGUCGAUUUCCCUUCUUUUGCUACGCCGGAUUUUUUUAACCUUUCUUCUUCCCGUUUCUCAAUACGCGAAAUUUCACUUAAUUUCUGCGUCGGAAUAGGACACCAGAAUAUGGAAUCCUAAACGAAGAAAGGCAGGAUGUUGGCUUUGAAAAAAAUAGAUGGCCCAUGCCUGAUCAGGUCAUGUAGGAACAAGGUUCAAGUCUACCGGUCUGUUAGGAUGCCUCAGCUGCAUACAUCACUGCACUUCCACUUGACACCUAUUGUAAUGAUAAACGGCUCGUCUCGCCGUGACCUUCUUCACAAAAACUUCUGUCGCUCCAUCCCCGCAGGGGCAGAGAACCCGUCGCUGCUACCGGAGCUCUGGGGAAGUCAGAAUGGGAGAGCACUCAUCUUGAGGUGGGCUUACUACUUAGAUGCUUUCAGCAGUUAUCCGCUCCGCACUUAGCUACCCAGCGUUUACCGUGGGCACGAUAACUGGUACACCAGAGGUG